ACUAGCAGAAUAAUACAAUAGAAUGGAGGAAAACCCCCGAGGGUGGAUCCAUGGCGACGAGACCGCCAAGGCGAUGCUCGCUAGGGUUCUCACGGAGCGCCCCUUCCUCUUCCUCCCUCCCCUCCACCGCGUCCCCCUCCGCGUCGGCAACGUCGUCGAGAUCGCAGGCCCUUCUCCCUCCGCCAAAUCCCAAAUUCUAUUGCACGCCGCUGUCCACUGCAUCCUUCCCGAGGAGUGGAAGGGGAUACGUUUUGGAGGGUUGGAGCGGAUGGUGAUGUACUUCGAUCUGGAUUGCCGCUUCGAUGUGCUUCGGCUCUCCCAGAUCUUGAAGCAUCGUAUAAUGGAAGCUUACAAAUCAGCCAACAGUACCUAUUGGGAAGACAAUGGAGAAUAUCAGAAGUAUGAUGCCACUGAAAUUACACAGAUGUGCUUUUGUGAUGAUGAAUUAUUCUUAGCUUGCAUGAGACGCUUCCUGUAUAUCCGUUGUUACAGCAGCUUUGAAUUUUUGGCCGCUCUCAAGGCAAUGCAUUUUCACUUGCAAAGGGAAAGUGAAGCUCUUGGUGUCGGUCUCCAUUUUCUUAUGAUAGACAGCAUUGGUGCCUUUUAUUGGAUAGAUCGAGCUUGUCAACCCAUGCCUAUAGGUGGUAGUAAAAGGAAGAACCUAUCCCUUCAAAAUGUGGCAGAAGCUGUUGUUCAAGAGAUCUGCAAGCUCUUACAAACGCAACCUGUGUUGGUUUUAGCUACAAAAGCAACCAUUUUUGGAGCUGGAACCUCAGGAAAUGAUGCACAGAGGGCAUUUGGAAAAUGGUGUUCAGAGAGGAAAAUGGACUCGAGAACUUUAAGUAAGGAAGGGGAAAAGCUCUUGUACCGUGAAUACAUGCCUUCAGCAUGGCAGUCAUUUGUUACGCACAGGGUACGUUUGCAAGCUUUAGAUGAAAUUAUAUCUGAUGGGCAAUAUGGAACACUUCCUACGUAUACAUCUCAAUGGGUGCAGCCUCCAUUGAAUAUAAAGGACAAAUUUGCAGUUAGAGAUGAUGGUAUCUUCUUGAUAACAUGAAGCUAUUUUGUGAGAAAGUGCUAGGAUGUUCUGUUGUUUGCUGCUUGACCUUGGAUUCGUACAGUUACUCUACAGAGCCUACUUCCAAAAGCUUGAUCAAGGUUAUUGUGAUUGAAGGGUUGAAACAACACAUCCUAUCAGCUCAUUAGAUCCAUCACUUUCUUCAAGUCAAAUGCUUGGGUCUUGGAUCAGCCAAACAAGAUAGGAUUCUUUACAAGGUUUGCUUCUAUAAUCUUUUCAAUCGUGGGAUCAUCGUGUUCGAGAGCACGGCCUGUCGACCCACUACAUUAAGCAGUGGAGUCCUAACUUUGGUGGCUUUGUAUAUUAAUAAGCAUGGCUUAUUAAUCAAAUUCCUUGUCUUACACCAAUGCAUUUAUAUUUUUAUACUCCAUUCUUUAGUAUAUUAUACAGAUAUAUUUUUCUAAUGUAGUUUAUGUGGUUAGUAUAUACAUGCUUUCGCUUUCUAUUG